AAUAACUUUCAUACUUACCAACGUACCAGUACGAUGCGCGGAAUCACUUUAUAACAAAAAAAAAUGAACGACACGUCCACGUCAUCUAGCAAGUCGAUACGGCGCUCCCGCAACGGCUGCAUUACCUGCAGAAUCCGACGCGUCAAAUGCGACGAGACGAGGCCCCGAUGCAACCGCUGCGCGCAGUCCCAGCGCACAUGCGACGGCUAUCCCCCGGCCAACGUCUCGGGCCUGUCGCGCCGCGCCCUCGCCGCAGCUGUGCGCAACCUGCCCCUCGCCGGACCGGCGUCUCCGGCUCUCGCGGGCCCGCAGGCCACCGGCGACGUUGCAUGCUUCGAUUUCUUCCGGCUGCUGACGGCGCCUGCCGCAGGGGGGUUCUCGCCCUCCGAGUUUUGGGCCCGCCGUGUUCUGCAAGUUGCGCACGCCGAGCCCGCCGUCUGGCGUGCUGCUGUCGCGCUCGGGGCGCUGCAUCGGAGCCUGGAAAUUAGGUUGAUGCCUGAAGUUGAAUGGGCGGGCGCGAGUGGCUCUCUCUUUGUCGGGAAGGCUUUCCGCUGUUAUGGCCAGGCCCUCUCACUUGCCCGCUCUAUCCGGGAUCCGGCCACGCUUCUCGUGCUCAGUAUUGUUCUCCUUGGGAUCUCGACCCUAGGAGGGAAGUGGGUGGAUAGUCGGGUCCACAUUGUUUCUGCCCAGAAGUUGUUGGGAGAAAUACAGAGGACGACGAACAUUUCCCAUGCAGAUGUGGACAGUGCCGCCGAGAGUCUGGCCCGGAUGGAUCUUCACGCAGCGACCUUCUCCGACAGCAGUGCGCCGUACCCAUUUACGUACGGGGAUGGCAACACACCCGGCCUAGCGCCGGCCCAAGAACCGCUGUUUCUGAUAGAGAACAUACACCAAGCCACCACGAGCUUGUUCAGGCUGCUGAGAAGCCUUUUAAAACUGGGCGGUCCUCUCCUUGACGAGCACCAGGUUGCCCAAUCAGUCACCCACCUAGAAGCACGUAUCACCGAACAGACAGCAGCAUGGGAAGCCGCCAUGGCCAGCUAUCUAUCACAAGCGCCGCAUCCCGACGACGACGACGACGCCGCCCUGCUCUCCCUCAAGCUCUACCACGCCACCCUCCGCCUCCUCCUGAGAGCCGGAGUAGCCGGCCCAGAGCGCCGACACGACGCAUGCCUGCCGCACUUUGAGCGCAUCACAUGCCUCUCCGCCUCACUCAUCCGAUCGGCCCGGCCCGGUGGCGCCUCCUCCUCCCUGUCCCUGGAGCCGGGAAUCGUCGCCCCGCUGUACAUGACCGCGACGCGCUGCAGGCACCCUGCUAUCCGCCGGCGUGCCCUCGCGCUGCUGUGGCGGGCAAAUAGGCAGGAGGGUAUGUGGUCUAGCAUCGGCGCGGCGGCGGUGGCGGGGAGGAUCGUCGCUGUUGAGGAGGAGGGCUUGGGGAUGCUGGCGCCGUCGGGUUUGCCGAUCCGUGCGGCUGAUCUGGGACGGUGGGCGGAUAGGGUUCGCGGCGAGGGAGCUGGUGAUUGGCUUGGCGGCGAUCAGGACUGGAGAUCGGAGUCGAGCUGGGAGGGUGUGCCGGUGGUGCCGGAAGAGCAGCGGGUUGUUGAUUCGAUAUUCGAGGCAGAUGUGGAAAAGGGGAAGGUUGAUAUGAUGUUACUGUUGGCGGCUAAGGAGGAGGAUGGCUCAAUGCGGUCGAGAAAUAUCGUGGUGGAAUUUUAGUCUAGGUUUGAUCGCUUUGCUAUGAAUACAAGUAUCGGCAAAGGAUCUGCCUUCAAGAUAGUGUACAACCAAGAACAAGCGCCAUCGCGAAGGAGACGACAAUCAUCGACACCCCGCCCCUGCCAGCGCCAUUCUUAAUUUCACUUGUCGAACCAUCAGUCCCGACAACUACAAAGUUCUCCACGACAGCGGUCCCGUCCCU